AUGGCCAUGUACGACUCAUGGCAGAACUCUAUUCAGCAAAAGAAGGAGAAAAAAAUCACCCAACCCUCUACACCGACUCUACAACGUGACAAAAGCACCGACAGACAGUUAGGCAGAAUAGAGUGGCAGAGAGGAGCUUGGGACAUCCCAACUGCACUCCGGUUUGGUUGCGUCGGUGCUAUCCAGACGGUGUCACAAAAUUGGCCGAAUGGGGAAACAAACGACACCAAGUGGACUGGGUCGCUGGCGAGAAAUCACAAGACAAAUGGACACAAACAGAUUGGACACAGACUGGCAGAUGAAAAGGCAUCCUGCACCAAAAGAUGA